AUCCCAUUUCUGAAACUUUACAGAAGUGUUGAUGUCCUGUGAGCGACAGAACAGCACAUAGAUCGAAUCCUAUCUUUAAAAGCGAGCAUUAUGCUGCUUGAAGUAUUCCUGGUUCUGGGGACAGUCCUCAUCUACUUCUUAGUUUCCAAGAAGAAAGAAGAGACAUUGCCCUUCAAAGAGGGAUGGUGGGGCAAGGGACAAAAGCCUGACACGGAAGAAGAUGCAACUGUUUGGCCAUUUAAGGUGGAAACUACAGAAGAAGAGCUGAGUGACUUAUUUAGGAGACUUGACCAGGCUCGAUUCACUGAGCCACUGGAGGACAGUUGCUUCCAUUAUGGGACUAACUCAGUGUAUCUCAGGAAGGUUGUCUCCUACUGGAAAAACCAGUUCAAUUGGAAGAAACAAGUUGAAAUCCUCAACAAGUACCCACAAUUCAAAACUAAGAUUCAAGGCAUUGAUAUCCAUUUUGUUCACGUAAAGCCUCCUCGUUUGCCUGAAGGCCGGUCUGCAAAGCCUUUAUUAAUGGUUCAUGGUUGGCCUGGCUCAUUUUACGAGUUUUACAAAAUCAUCCCUCUCCUGACGGAUCCUGCCAGCCAUGGCCUCAGUGAUGAACACGUUUUUGAAGUCAUUUGCCCAUCUAUCCCUGGUUAUGGUUUCUCAGAAGCACCCCACAAAAAAGACUUUAAUUCUGUAAGUGCCGCUUCUAUUUUUUAUGAAUUGAUGCUCAGACUAGGAUUCAACGAGUUCUACGCACAAGGUGGUGACUGGGGCUGGCUCAUCUGCACCAAUCUGGCCCAGAUAGCUCCCAACCAUAUGAAAGGUCUCCAUUUAAAUCUAGCCUCAGUUACAAACAUGGGAUUCGUUCACCUGCUCUCCAUUCUGCUGGGCCGCUAUCUUCCAGGGCUCUUCGGCUUCCAGGAUGAAGAUGUUAGGCGGAUGUUUCCCUUCUUGAAAAAAGGGCUCUACAGGAUCUUGUUGGAGUCUGGCUACGCUCACAUACAGGCUACAAAGCCUGAUACUGUUGGCUGUGGUUUGAAUGACUCUCCCAUAGGACUGGCUGCGUACAUCUUGGAGAAGUUUUCUACAUGGACCGAUCUGGAAUUCCGCGAUUCAGAGGAUGGAGGACUAGAGAGGAAGUUUAACCUGGAUGAUCUGCUCACCAAUAUCAUGAUCUACUGGGUGUCAGGCUGUAUAGUCUCCUCAAUGCGUUUCUACAAAGAAAAUAUGCAGAAGGGGAUAGGCACACAGAAACAUGAAAGGCUCCCCGUACAAGUACCUACUGGCAUUGCCUCCUUCCCUAAUGAAGUCAUGCACACGCCCCAGGCUUGGGCCCGGAAGAAAUACACCAACAUAGUUUCCUUCCAUUUCAUGCCUCGAGGUGGCCACUUUGCAGCUUUGGAGGAACCUGAACUUCUUGCUGAAGAUAUUCUGCAAUUUGUUGGGAAAGUAGAGAAAGAGCAGCUUUGGAGAAAGUAAAGGAGGGUAACUCCCCUGACAAACAGCAGGGUAUUGCUAAUAGCUUAGCACAUGUACAGGCCUUACUAAGUCCACUGUAAUCCAUGUAACUAGCUCUUAUUCUUGACCAGAUGCAAGAGAGGACAGCAAGAAAAACGCAGUGUCUCUCAGUACGAUACUGCCGUGGGGACCUACUGGUUUGGGGUUGGGGUUUUUUGUUCAGCUAGGCUGAGAGAGUAGCAUGAAGACUGCUUGGUCAUCUUCUCCCCCAGGCACAGACUUCUAAAAUCUGUUCUGUAGUAUUCCUGACUCUUGCUUUGAAACUGAAAAAUAGACCUUAUUCUUAGUGUGAGAGUUUAAUCGUUAUGAAAGGCUUUUUGUUCAUGGCAGCAGUAAAACUUGAGUUGGUGUAGGUGUGAGGUUCCCCACACAAAGAACAGGGAACAGCCUAGCAAGACCAAACUCACAUGAGCGCAUCAGUUAAUCAGCAUUGAUGAGCUACACUACCUUUCAACUAGCCAGCUGGCUACUGCUGGCUGCCUUUCUUUUCCAGCCUAGGCUGUUAAGCAGGUUCCUGGCUGCAAGGAAGCUCAGCUCCCCUAUGCCAGGCUUCUGGGACAGCAACAUGUGAGCUGAAGCACAUGGGUGCCUGCUGCUCCCAGCAGAAGGAGGGUUGGGUAUGAGUAAGUACAGCCCAAGCUGCCUCUGCACUGAAUUUGUACUCUUAACUAAAAUCGUAGCCCUGGAUAGGCUCAAGACACUGUGGCUUUGCACUGCUUCUGCAGGGUAUUGUAAGUACCUCUUACUAAGUAAUAAAAAUUUGAUUAAUUCAAAAUUAAAAGAAACUUGCAUGAAAAUUUUUAAUAAUUCCUGUGUGUUUCUUUUAGUUUUUUUUACUAACUGAGCUUUUUCUUGGUCACAGCAAAGUGAAGUGUCAAUUCAGAACAUCUCGAUUCUGUACUGCAUCUGUUAAAAAGGUCAGAGCGGAGGCAGACUACUCAAAGAAAAUUGAAUUUGAAGGGCUGUAUGUUUUUGCCAGCAGCAGUUCCUAUCAUGUGCAGUUGAGCUUCAAACACUCUUAACCUGUAUCCAGAUGACCGAUUUCAGUAUGGUUUUGUUCUCCAGUCACUUCCGCUACACUUCCCUACCCCUGUGAGCUCAGGGAAAUAGAAUCCACCACUAACACUUGCACGGAUUAGUACUGUCUCACAAUAUUAACUGAAAUAGAAGCUGUUAAGUAAUGGUUACUCCAGCAGAGCCCUGCUCCAUCCCACGGGGCUUUAAACUCAAGAACACUGACCAGUUUGUUUCACAGAAGGCAAGUCACCGCUCCUGCUGGGCACAUCUGCAUCCUGGUGCUCAAAGCCACCUGAUAUGUCAUGACAGAGCAUCAUUAGGGCAGACAUAGGCAUGCAACAGCCUGGAGCAGUUUUCUGAGCAGAGAUGAGACCGCUCCCUGCCCUUCCUCUGCCUUCUGUGCUUCUGCACCUGGGUGCCAGCAGAGGAAGGCACAGUUGCUCUUGGGGCUCCCUACAAGGUUUGACUGCAGCCUUAGACCUUCAAGCUGUACUUGAAUUCUUUAAGACAGCUAACUGCUGCCAAAAUAGUAGCAAGCACUAGUUCUACAUUUACUUGUAAACGCUUCCAUUAGCCAAAGUUUGUGUUCUCAUUUGCAAACUACUGUGUGGCUCAGGCCAGCAUGUUUUGAAUAGACAGGAAGAAAUACAGAAUCAUUCACUUUGUCUAGAACAAGUGGAGAAGACCAUCCCCAAACUUGUUUCAGGCUCAGUACAUUAAAAAAGGUUGCUUAGCCAGAAGGAAUCAGCAUGCCUCUUCAACAACAGCUGUUUACAGGCACUGCUAUGCUCCCUCUUGCAUGAGUCCUGAUCUCUGGCCGUUUGUUUUUGCCUUACUUCUGUCCCCUGUGUGGCCUUGUAUUUCAGAGCUGGAGAGCAUCCGCUCUCCUCUUUAAUGCACCUGCAGCCAGCUGCUGUGGUGCCAGAGAGCACUGCCCUGUGCUGCUACAACCAAAUACGUCCCCAGGGACUGCUCCGUCACAACACAGAUAAAGUAAGUGGGAAGGAAGUUUGUUA